CUGAUGUACCCUGGAAAAGUAUCCUAAGCUACUUACCCGUUUACAUGGUGUUUUUAUGCCACGUGUGCGACACAUGGACGUUCUACCUACUUGUUACGUGCCUUCCAUUGUUUCUGAAAGAAAUUCUGCAAUUUGAUAUAGAAAGUAAUGGACUUUUCUCAUGCUUACCCUACCUUAGUUACAUGAUUGGAAUAGCGGUUGCUGGAGUAGGAGCAGAUCUCGCCCGCUCGUGGAAAAAUACUUCAAUAACUACAAUAAGAAAGGUCUUUCAAAUAACAAGUUUCGCUGGUGUGGCUAUAUUUAUUUUAAUCCCGGGACACUUGACAUGUGAAUAUAGAUAUGUAGUGAUCACGUGCUUCAGUUUAUGCACGUUUUUUGAAGCAAUUGGCAUUUCAGGCGGACACCUGCCAAAUAUAGUAGAUAUAGCGCCCAGGUAAUGUAAUUGUAAAUCACAUUUUCUAAAUUUAAGAAUAAGAACACAGAUAAACAAGGCAAGGUGACUUUCACAGAACGCAGCCCCCGAUACAACCUAGUCACCCAACAGGUCACCCAGAAGGCACCGAACCAAAAACCAGAAGAGAAUACAAGGGUGGUGAAAAGAGUGGAGGGAUAUGUAAAAAGUGAAUGAAAAUAACUUUAUUCAUUAUAGCUAUGUAGUUUAUUCCUUGAACGCUGGUGUUGAUAUAAGAAUUUCUUGUACCAGCAAAAUUGAGCUUGAAAUAGACCACCCUUCACUCUUUCUCCACCUGACAAUAUAA